ACUCCACUCCACCACCCCCGCUCCUCGGCCCAGCCAUGGGCGCACUCCUCUCGCUGCCCCUCCUGGGGCUGCCCGUCUCGCUCGCCUCGUCCGCGCUCAGCGGCCUCGCCUUCUGCUUCGCCUCGACGGCCGCCUCGUCGCUGCUCAAGUCGUGCAACUGCCAGAGCAGCAUGGCGACGCGCAUCGGCUUUGCGCUCCUCUUCUGCCUCGACGCGUGCGUCGCGUGGCUGAGCCGCAGCGGCUACGCCGUCAAGCAGGUGGAGAAGUGGAGCUACGGCUGGCUCGCCAUGGACUGCGAGGGCGACGGCGAGCGCUGCUACGGCGUGCUGGCGGUGCACCGCAUCACCUUUGCCCUCUCGCUCUUCCACUGCCUCCUCGGCCUGCUGCUGCUCGGCGUGCACGACACGCGCAACAAGCGCGCGGCGCUGCAGAACGGCUGGUGGGGCCCCAAGGUGCUCGUGUGGAUGCUGCUCGUCGUGCUCACCUUCUUCAUGCCCAACGGCUUCUUCAUGGUGUGGGCCAACUACUUUGCGCUGGCCUUCUCCUUUGUCUUCAUCCUGCUCGGCCUCGUGCUGCUCAUCGACUUUGCGCACACGUGGAGCGAGACGUGCCUGGACCGCUGGGAGGAGACGAAUGCGCCGUUCUGGAAGUACACGCUCAUCGGCUCGACGCUCGGCAUGUACAGCUUCGUGCUCGUCAUGACGGGCGUGCUCUACGGCUACUUUACCGGCACCGGCUGCGGUCUCAACACGACGUUCAUCACCAUCAACCUCUUCCUCGUGGCGUUCCUGACGGCGCUCUGCGUCUCGCCAUCAGUGCAGGAGGCCAAUCCGCGCUCGGGCCUGGCGCAGAGCAGCAUGGUGGGCGCCUACUGCACCUAUCUCAUCACCUCGGCCAUCCUGAACCACGACGACGUGGCGUGCAACCCCAUCACGCGCGGGCGUGCCGGUGGCGUCAAGAACACGACGGUGGUGCUUGGCGCCCUCUUCACCUUCCUCGCCAUUGCCUACUCGACGUCGCGCGCUGCCACGCAGAGCAAGGCGCUCGUCGGCCGCCGCCGUGCUGCCCUCGCCACCGCCGCGCCCAGCCACGGCGAGGAGCUGGCCGGCUAUGGCGCCACGGACGUCGAGGCUCCCACGACGACGCAGCCGAAGCGAAAGGAGUCGCUGCGCAUCCAGGCGCUGCAGGCCGCCGUCGAUGCCGGCUCGCUGCCGGCGUCUGCGCUCGAGGAGGCCGCGUCGGACGACGACGACGACGAGCUCGACUCGGCCAGCAUGAAGGCGGCGCGCGACGAGAACGACGACGAGCGCAACGGCACGCGCUACAACUACGCCUUCUUCCACUUCAUCUUUGCCAUCGCCGCGUGCUACGUGGCCAUGCUGCUGACCGACUGGCACAUUGUCCGCGCCCUCGGCCCCUCGCCCGACGCAGACGAGCCCGGCACGCCCAUCGUCGUCGUCGGCCGCUCGCCGGCGGCCAUGUGGAUGCGUGUCACGAGCGCCUGGCUCUGCGCGGCGCUGUACGCCUGGAGCCUCGUGGCACCCGUGCUGCUGCCGGAUCGCUUCAGCGUCGACUAGCCGUCGUGGCUCUGUGCGCUCCUCGCUGCCCGCUGUACAUAUACCUGCGCCUCUGCCUCCCCGCAAUCGGACGUUUAUCCUCG